GGGGUAGCCCACCUGCCCUGCCGCCUCCCAGCGGACCCCCGCCAGAGCAGCCUCGGAAGACCGAGGCGCCCCCGCCGUCGCCUCCGCAGGGCCCGCGGCUCUGGCCCCGCUCCAGCGGAGCAGGCAGAAAGCAAGGCAGUCACAACCUGAGAAGCUACCGGACCUUCCUUGGCCCACUCAAACUGGGGGAACGCUGGACUUUCUGCAAGAAUUCUGGCUAACAUGUCAACCAUCAGCCCCGAGUACGACUAUUUAUUUAAGCUGCUGCUCAUCGGCGAUUCUGGAGUGGGGAAGUCCUGCCUGCUUCUCCGCUUUGCGGAUGACACCUACACAGACAGUUACAUUAGCACCAUCGGAGUGGACUUCAAAAUCCGGACAAUUGAGCUGGAAGGGAGGACCAUCAAGCUGCAAAUUUGGGACACUGCUGGACAGGAGCGCUUCCGGACCAUCACAUCCAGCUACUACCGAGGCGCGCAUGGCAUUAUCAUUGUGUACGAUGUGACUGACCAGGAUUCCUUCAACAACAUGCAUCUCUGGCUGGAGGAAAUCACCCGCUAUGCGAGUGAGAACGUCAACAAGUUGAUUGUAGGAAACAAGAGUGACCUCUCAAGCAAGAAAGCAGUGGAUUACACUACUGCCAAGGAAUACGCAGACUCCCUGGGAGUGCCCUUCCUAGAGACCAGUGCCAAGAACGCCACCAACGUCGAGCAGGCCUUCCUGACCAUGGCCGCCGAGAUCAAGAACCGGGUCAGCAGCGGCCCCACGCAGAACGACAGCCACAAGCCCGCCCUCCACAUCCAGAGCGGCCCGUUACGGCAAGAAGGCACGGGCCCCGGAGAAGACGGGGGCGGAGGCUGCUGCUGAGAGGCUGUCCACACGCUGAGUGAUGGAGGGCGAGUUUCAGGGAGUGCCCGGGAAGGGGGAAACGCCGGGCAACGGAAGCACCCCCACUAAGCAUCCCAGCUUACCUUUGCAGACUUGGAACACACAAAGGAACGCCUGCCGGAGCAUCGCCCAGCCCGCCUGCACCGGCUUCAUUCCACGUUCUGGACUUCAGAGCUUUCAGAGUCACCCCUAAUCAGUUGCUCCUCUGCUCCCGCCUCUUCCCAAGCCGGCCCACGGCUCUUCUGCUGACAGAGUUCCCAGGAAUGCCCUGGAAUAGAGGGCCGUCCACUGCAGGGUCCAGCUGUGCCCACGUCACAGUCCUGGAAGCGGCAGAGGGGAGCAGACGCCUUCAGAGGGGACUGAGGGAGGCGCACCCAUUACAUCCGCAUGCACAAUUCCACUUAACGUGGGGGAACAGCCGCCUCCUCUUGUUCUUUUAAACCCCCAAGCCCUUCUUUCAUUGCUGAAGACCCUUAGAGCAACCCAAAAGGCAGGUCGCCCCUCUGCUCUUCUUCCUCCGCCCUAGUGUUUGCCUCCCUCCUCGCUCUCGGGACCCAAACCGUACGGCAAAUACUUUCCUAUUGUCCUAGCGGCCACAAAAGUCGCCCAUCGUAACUCGGUAAAGCUUCAGUGAUGUUUCUAUGUCCUUCUUUCCACAACUUCCCUUCUUCCCCAGAACUUAAGACCCCCUGAGAAAGGAAAGGAAAAAAACCUAAACUUUUGAAUGGGAAAAAAUGGCAGGGAUGCAGGGUUCUCCUUCGCAUGCGCCCUGCCAGAUGUUCCUAAUAGGCCUUUUUCUGGUGCACACCUGCACCCGGAGGGCAGCUGCGUACAGUCCCAUCCCGUUACCUUUAGAAGCCUCUAGAGCAUGGAAAAAUCCCCCAAACUGGGAGGGUAAGGACAUCGAUUCAGGAGACCUCAUGAACUCUCACAACCUUUUCACUUGGAGCGAGGGAUCCAGUAAGGAAAACCCAGAUGCUCAAACCCCGUACAGCCGAUCUGCAAGCCUCAGGUUCACGCCCCCUUUGAAUCCUAGCACAGCCAUCUUUCACCUAUGAAACCCUUUUCCUGUAUAUUUUUAUUCCGUGUGCCACAACGUAGAAGAGAGUAGCGCCCUAUCUAGGUUUUGCCUGCCACCGAGAGGCCAUUAAAAAAGCCAUUUUCCCCCAGCAGAGCUCCUCCUUCCUCAAAAAGCCCAAAACAGCCCCCGGGGAGAAGAGGCGUUUUUCACACGGCUUGUUUGUCCUAGUUACUUAAAUAAGCCAUCUUUUUUAAGUUCAUGCAGUACGCUGAAUCCUACAUUAACCAAAGACACCCUAAGCCAUAAGCAACUAACCACGGCUACAAGCUAAAACGAACCUGACAUUAAGGGGAGAAUGCAGCUGCAAGGUCUGUAACGGAGCUGAUCGGGUUCAGCGUGAACCCAUCGGCCACAGUCUAUCGGCCAAGGUUUUCUCCACCGCUUGGAGGAUUCGAGGGUGGUUUGAGCAGGAAGAGCCGCUCAGGUGUGCUUCACAGGGCCAGGCUGACUUGAGACUUGUCAAGGGUAGGAGAGAGAAGGAAAAGGGGUUUCGUGAGAGCGGCGAACUCAUAUAUCCGAAGUGCUUCUAUGCAUUCCUACUUCCUUACAUUUAGGGUUUACAUUUCCCUUAUCUGCUCACAGGGCUGAAUACGAUGUACUGUGCAAACUUCGGUUUUCACCCCAAAUGUUGUCCUGCUGCAUUUGAUGAAAGCUUUAUAUCAGAGUUGGUCAACCUUGGCCCCUUGAAGAGGUGUGGACUUCAACUCCCAGAA